GUCAGCUACCACCCACACAUUCCACCAUCCCGCAGUUUUCCCGGCCCCGCAGGUUUCCAAGCUGUCCAGCGUCCAACCAAAAAGAGAUACCCCAAUCAUGGCGGCUACUCCUCUUCCUUUCAAGGCGUACAGGUCUUGGGAGGUUGAUGGGAAGUUUAUGUGUGGCCCCGUCCCUGAUGUUACUCGGUUCCCCGAUAAGCUGCUGCCAGCGCCGAGACACUAACUCCCGACAUGCACGCAGUUCGGCGAUGGGCGUGAGAUCGCCCUGCUCGACUACGUCUACAGCCAUCCAGAACUUGACCACAUGCGGGGCAACUCUGCGAAGGUCUGCGAGGCGAUCGACGCCUUCGCCCGAUCUCACACCGGUCUGGUCAACAUCGGCGAGCUAAAGGGCGCCAUCGUCACCGAUCUCAUUGCCAAACACAAGCCCUCCGUUAUGCUUGAGCUGGGUGGCUACAUCGGCUACUCGGCAAUCCUGUUUAGGAAUGCCCUCAGGCAGGUUGGGGGGAAGCGUUUUUUGAGCGUUGAGAAGAACCCGCUCUUUGCCGCUGUGGCGGCCAGCCUGAUCGAUCUUGCUGGGCUCCGGGACACGGUCCGAGUUGUGGUCGGCACGGGCGCCGAAGGGAUCCGGCGCCUGCACGCGGAAGGGUCGUUGGGUACCCAGGUCGAUAUGGUGUUCUUUGAUCACCACAAGCCCUCUUACACCCACGAUCUCAAGCUCUGCGAGCGCCUGGGCUUGGUUGGAAAGGGCACGGUUCUGGUUGCAGACAACAUGAUCCUCCCGGGCAACCCAAAAUACGCGGCAUACGUGCGGGCCAGCGUCGGCGAGAAGCAGCAAAUGGCCGCGGGUGGAGAGGAGGUGGGCAACCCAAAUCUGCAGUACGUCAGCCGAUUCGUCCAGAACUACGAGCCCAGCGGAGAUCAGGAUGCCGUUGAGAUCACUGAAUGCACGGGAAUCGCGGCUUGAGGGGCUGAGAAAGACGCCAUCUACUUGUUCGUGCUACACACCCUGCUUGAUCAUACAGGAUUUCCCCAUAUGGCUGCGUCUAUGUCGCAGAAUGGCUUGCAUAGACGAAAGGACAUAGUUUAGAUUCCUAUGGAAAGACAUUCCUCUCAGCGAGUCCCUGAAGACCAGCUCGGUGCUAAAUUCCUGGUACAUGUACUUGUACAACAGGGCCGGGAACAGGCGACGUACUCGAAUGUAGCGAUUUUGUAUC